AUGAACAUACCAUAUUUGCCACGCGGAACAGGGCAAACCGAUGGACCGUGCAUCCAUAUCGGCGCCCUCGCACCGCUAAGCCAACCCGGCUGGAUUGAUGCUGGCAGGCACUUGCUCGCGGGUCUGGAACUGGCCAUCGAAGAGGUCAACAGUGCUGGCGGCGUCUCCGGAAGGCCACUCAAGCUGGUAAUCAGGGACACGGCGGCUGAUGCACAAAAGGCCACGGCGGCCGUCGACGAACUGGCUGCCCUAGGCGUUGUUGCCUUAGCGGGUGAGUACCACAGCGUCGUCGCCCGCGCCGCCGCCGCCAGGGCCGAUGCCCUCGGACUGCCAUACCUCUGUUCGUCUGCCGUCCUCGACGAACUCACUACACAGCCGACAGACUGGGUUGCGCGCCUCGCCCCCGCGCAGUCCCACGGCUGGCGCAUUUACGCCGACUUUCUUCUGGCCGCAGGCCACAAUAACAUCGCCAUAGCUGCCGACCCGACGAGUGUCUACUGGGCGUCUGGGUGUCGGAUCCUACGGGAGUAUCUCGCCCUGCGUGGUGGAGCCGUCAUCGAGUUCGACAUACGCUCGCUCAACCCAACCGCCAUAUGCGAUGAGCUCGUCCGGCCAGGCGGCCACGCGACAGCUCUCCUCCUCUUAGUCGGCCUACCGGAGCCAGCGGUUGCAAUCGUUAAGGCUGUCCGCCGCGACCAGCGCCUCGCCGGGUUCAUGAUAGGUGCCCCAGCCGGACAGCCCGAGUUUGCCGAAUGGGGAAGGUUGCUUGGAAACGAUGGCGCUGCGAUUCCUUUCCUCCGUUACCUACCCGAGCGGCUUAGUCCGCUAGGCGCACGCGUAGAGGCCGCCCUCCGCGAUAGGCUCGCUGAGGUGCCCUCCUUCGUCGCCUUCGAAGGCUACGAUACGAUCACUGUCCUCACCGAUAUGCUGCGUUCUCAUGGCGCGGACCGGACGCGCACUGCCCCGUCUUGGUCGCGUAUUGGCGUCGAAGGCACCCGCGGGCAGAUCAACUUCUCCCGCGUAUCAGGCAUUAAUGUCUGGCAGUGGACGUGGCCGCUAGUCCAAGUCGUCGAUCGGGAUCCUGCGCAACCCAACCGCUUCCGAACCCUUCACUUUUCCUAA